UUUGUCUGAAAAAUUAUCAAAGAAGAAAGAAGAGGAAAAUUAAAUGGGUGGAGGAAGCAGAUUUCAAGAACCAGUGAGGAUGAGCCGUAGGAAACAAGUAACAAAAGAGAAGGAAGAAGAUGAAAACUUCAAAUCUCCAAAUCUUGAAGCAGAGAGACGUAGAAGAGAGAAGCUUCAUGGUCGGCUUAUGGCUCUGCGAUCUCAUGUCCCAAUUGUCACCAACAUGACUAAAGCAAGUAUUGUUGAAGAUGCGAUUACUUACAUAGGAGAGCUUCAGAAUAAUGUUAAGAAUCUCUUAGAGACAUUUCAUGAAAUGGAAGAAGCUCCUCCUGAGACUGAUGAAGAACAAACAGAUCAAAUGAUUAAACCUGAAGUUGAAACUAGUGAUCUUAAAGAAGAGAUAAAGAAACUCGGAAUCGAGGAGAAUGUGCAAUUGUGUAAGAUUGGGGAGAGCAAGUUUUGGUUAAAGAUCAUAACAGAGAAGAAAGCUGGGAUCUUUACAAAAUUCAUGGAGGUUAUGAGAUUUCUCGGAUUCGAGAUUAUCGACAUUAGUCUAACAACUUCAAAUGGAGCCAUUCUUAUUUGUUCCUCUGUUCAGAUACAUCAGGAACUCUGUGAUGUUGAACAGACAAAAGAUUUUCUUUUGGAAGUUAUGAGAAGCAAUCCGUAAGUAUACAUACAUCUUGGAAAUUUCUGCCACUAAUAAGAUUUCCAUUGAUUUUAAUACAUUGUUGUUCCAUUUUAAAUAUGAUUUUGGUUCAGAUGAAACAGAGUAUGUGUUACAAGCCAUUGAGCUUCUUCUUGUCUCCAUAUAUGUUUCUACAAAAUGCUCAUGAUCCUCUGUUUGAUAAUAUCUCUAGGAUCCGACCCGGCACGACCCGAAUCCGACGCCGGUGAACCUACUAAUAGGGUUUUAUCAUAAAUGGGCUUUGAAUGAACUAGCUCUUAAAUGGGCUAAUUCUUAAGUUGAGCCCAUUUAAUUUCUACUAUCCUCCUAGUGAUGUUUAUUUGUGUAAGGUUGGGAGUUGGAACCUAAGUUUUUGUUUCGAAAUCAAAAUAUUCGAUAGAGUUCAAAUCAAGAGACAUUUUGCCUACCCUUUAACUAACACUUUA